UUAUCCUACCAAAGUCCAAAAAGUACUAAGCAGUCCUCACACUUUGAUUAAGAUAAAAGUUCACGUGCACACGCUUGGAAGAAGUGUUAUUUUCUGGUUCCCAGAAAGGUACCCAAAAGUUAAAAGUAUACGCCAAAUCGCUCCCCUAGUUUUAAAAUUCGAAUUCAAUUUUUUCACUUUCACAUAAUCCAAAAUCGCUCUGGCGGUAACAAUUUUCUAUUAUGUUGCCGCCCCAAAACGGCGCCGACUCGACCGAACGAAAAAUAAAGGCCCUUGAAUUAUUUACAAAAAAUUCCGCGAACUCCAUUUCUACACGUCAGCAGAGGUGGGUCCUUUUCUCACUACAUUCGAGUCAUCGUCUGCGCCAAUAUAAGUAUCGACCGUCGCUUCGUCCAUUCUCUCUCCUCCAUUCGCCUCUCUCUCUCUCUCUAUCUCCCUCCACCCAUCGCCCGAAAUUUCUCUCUGGGGAGAGAGGAAGUGAAAGGGAGCGCCCUAGAAAAGGCAGCUCGGCCCGGCGGCUCUCCGCUCACUUUCGCCCCCGACGAUUUCGAUCGGGUUUCUAGGGUUCUUCACCGAUCUUCGCUUCUAUUGGUGGUACGGGAGAGCAUCUCUCCGGGUUACUUCGAAAUGACUUAGCUUGUUGAAUUUUUUUUUUUUGUUUGUUAAUUUCUGUUCGCGGGGUGGAAUUUGUGCUGAUUGGGGGAGAGGGCGAAUUUUCGCUUGUUUCAGCUGAAUUCAAAUUCUGGAAGGUUGUUAUUAGGUAAAAAAAUCCAUGAAUCGAUUUGGUCGUCUCUUUUACUAUUGGUUUUGGCUUGGAUCUGUCGUUCAUAUUUUCUGGUUACCCUGUUUCGUCUGUUUUUGGUCCGUGGAAUUCGAUCUGCUGUUGUGGGGGGACAUCUGUGUUUUCCAUGGCCGGAUGUAUCUUUGGUGUUCGAGUCGGGUUAGGGUUUGAUGAUUAAGGCUUUAGCGUAGGGGUGAAGAAAUGAAAGCCCAAGGAAAAGGUGGUGGGCGAUGCGGGAACUAUUGGUAGUUUCUAAAAUGGAUUGUGAUCAGGGUUUUGAGUUUUGGAUCGCGAUUCUAUGUCUUUGCUGUUGAUUGUAGUGAAGCAGGUUAAGUGUCUGUGUUCAAUCUCUGUAAUAAUUUACGGAAAUGAUUUUGGAAGAAUGAAAGAUUCGAGCUUUGUUGAGGAGAUGUAGUGGUACUAGUCAUAUGAUUAAAUUGUGCUUUCAUUUGUUCAUUGUUAUGAUCAUUGAUUUUGAAGAUUUCAAUCCCUCACUUGGUACUUCAUUGCUAUGUCUUGCUGUUAACAGGCGGCUGUUUGGAUUGGUAGUUAGCUUUUGCUUAUGAUUGGAAUUCUGAUUUUGAUUACUGUUAUUUCAAGCCGAAUAUUGUGCCGCCUUAUCCUGCUUCUAAAACUUCUGUUUCCUAUUCUGUUGCAGUUGCAUAUCAGGUGUCUGAUCCGUUUAGGUGUUAACGUAUAGAAUCAUCAGAAGUUUCAAAGAUGGCAAAAGAUAGAAGAGAUCGUUCUAGGUCAUUUGAUAGGUAUAGAAUUUCCCCAUACUCUAGCAGUUCCAAACGUCCCAAGCUCUCUUCACCCAAAGUGUCAUCAUCAAAGCCAGAUGAAAACAUAAAAGAAUUUGAAGAUGCACGGUGCCCCGUCUGUAUGGAGCAUCCCCACAACGCCAUCCUCCUGAUUUGCUCAUCACACGACAAAGGUUGUCGACCGUACAUGUGUGACACCAGUUAUCGCCACUCGAACUGCUUUGAUCAGUUCCGUAAAUCGUUUGAGCAGCAGCCUUCAGCAUCACCACCUGAGGAGGCUAGUAUUAGGGGUUCAACCGAGGUAGUAGUCAAUUCCGAGUCAGCAACUGUGUCGAGCUCUGCUGGAACUGGUAGUAUUAGUUGUGACAACAAGGUGCCACCUGAGCUGAUGUGCCCGCUAUGCCGAGGCCACAUCAAGACAUGGGUGGUACUGGAACCCGCUCGGAGCUUCAUGAACUCCAAAUCAAGAAGCUGUGCCAGUGAGGCGUGUGAAUUCAGCGGCACGUAUUCCGAUCUGAGGAAGCAUGCGAGGCACGAGCACCCUCUCGUUCGCCCGUCAGAGGCCGACCCCGAGAGGCAGCGGAACUGGAGGCGGCUGGAACGCCAGAGGGACAUGGGAGACCUGCUGAGCACGCUGCAGUCCUCGUUUGGGGAAGAGAGGGUGGUACACGACGAUGACAGCAGCGACAUCAUGAUGCCGCCCAUUGACGAUGGCAGUUUCCUUACCGUGUUCUUUCUCAUUAGGGUGUUUAGGCCGGGAGUCAUGGGCAGUGGGUCGAGGAGUAGAGCGUCAUCACGUGCUCGAAGGCGGUCGACUGCUGCCAGGGAAGCUCUUUUUGGGGAGCCUCGCGAUGAUGAAGAGACGGUAUCUUCUUCCAGAGAUGCUGAGAACAACAAUGAUGAUGACUCGGAUGGAGGAUCCGUGCAUUUGAGGCAAAGCGAGCGGAUCCAGAGGCAGCAGAGAACACCAGACUCGGAUGGGGGCUCUGUGCCUUCGAGGCAAAGCGAGAGGAUUAGGAGGCAGCGAAGGACGCCAGACUCGUCCUGAUCCUUGUUGGGAGUACAGUUGAAAUAUGUUGGGGUAGUUUUAAGUUGAGAUGGCCUAAUUGUAAGUGCAAAGUCUUUACCCUCCUCUCCUUUUUUUUUUCCUCACCCGGUUGUGUCAAGUCAUGGUGAAGAGCCUAUUGCCCUAAUUACUUGUGGGUUUUGCUUUGCAGGUGGUGGUCAGUGCGCUUUCCUCGCGCCCUUGGAUUGCUUAUAGAAAGGGGGUUUUGGUAGGGAGGGUGAAACAAAAGUGUAAUAUGGAAACAGGAUGAUCCUCUUAAAUUCAAUGAAGUGAUUUGUGUUUUCCCUUUCGCAAGUGCCUUUGCUUCAGUUCAUCAGCUGUUAUUAUCACGAGGGUGGUGGGAACGUUUUUUUGUUUCUAUGUGAGGGGAUUGAUCCAUUUGGAAUGAAUAUAAACCAGGUUGUUGCCAUUUUGGUGAAUCCUCUGCGAUGCUGUAUGUAACAACAUAUCUGCUGUGCUUGGUUUACCUUACUGUCUGCUAUCGAGAACCAGCUAGGUCGACCCUCACCAAGCAACCAGCUCAUGACAGUUGUUUGUCUUGAGAUGGUGAAUGAUUGAGAUUCUGUGUGGACAUGGUGAUGGGUUUGGUUACUGUCUUAGCUAACAUGGGUUGGUGUAGUUGUGAAGAAAUACUGUUGCCAGUUGCCAGCAUCUCUGUUGGGCCAUGCCCAUGAUCAUGCAUCAGCCCAUUGCUUCCAUUUUCUGUUUACUUUAACUAAUGGUCAACUUGCCAUCAUUUUUUGAAUAAGGAUGGUUAGGAGAA